UCCAUGAUCUAAAACCAUCUAUGCAAAACCAAAGACCGGAGUCAGAGUUCUCUGGAGGAAUCUGCAUCGCCUCGCGAAACCGCGCCGCCAGUCAAUCCGCCUCAACUCGCCACGAACCACGCUAUAUAUACGCCAUCGACCUUCCAAGCCAAAACCCAAACUCACACACCAAAGCACAAUCACAAGAGCAGGCCAUUAACGCCCAGCUGUUGCAGAAGAACUGAAGAACCGAUUCCCACCGUCGAUUUAGUUGAGAGAGGAUUUAUUUGGCAGCGUCUACUGUCUAGCUAGCUCAGGCACAAUGAUCACGGGAUCCGCCGUGUACCACGUGGUGGAGGCGAUGGCGCCGCUGUACACGGCGGCGCUGCUGGGGUACGCGUCGGUGCGGUGGCUCGGGGCCUUCUCCGCCGAGCAGUGCGCCGGGAUCAACCACUUCGUGGCGAUCUACGCCGUGCCGGUGCUCAUCUUCCACAUGGUCUCCACCAACGACCCUUACGCCAUGAGCGGCCGCCUCAUCGCCGCCGACACGCUGCAGAAGGCGGCCAUGCUGCUCGCCCUCGUCGCCUGGGCCGCGUGGCCGGCCCGCUGGCGCCGUCGAGGAAAUAAUAACAAGGCCGUCGCGGCAGCCGCGGCGGCGGUUUCUCCGCUGCAGUGGGUGGUGACGGCCUUCUCGGUGGCGGCGCUGCCCAACACCAUCAUCAUGGGCGUGCCGCUCCUGGGCGGCAUGUACGGGGACGUCUCCAAGGGCCUCAUGAAGCAGAUCGUCGUCAUGCAGUUCUGCGUCUGGUACAACGUCGUCAUCUUCAUCUACGAGUACAUGGCGGCCCGCCGCGCCGCCACGGUCGACGGGACCGCCAGGAUCCGUGACGCAAACGACGACGACAUUGUCGUCGUUGCGGCCGAGCGGGCGCACGAAGUAACCGUGAAGAUCGAAAUCACGGAGGUCGCGGCGGCGCCGCCCGUGCCACAAGAGGGCGUGGCUGGCGAGACGAAGACGACGACGGUCGCGAAGGAGACGAGUACGGCGGAGACAGAGGGAGUCUCCCCACCGAAGAAGACGGCGCCGUCGGCGAGGCAUGUCGCUUUGAUGGCAGGGAAAAAGGUUCUGAAGAUUCCGAAUACGUAUGCCAGCUUCCUUGGCCUCAUCUGGGCUCUCAUCGCAUUCAAGUGUGGAAUCAAGAUGCCAAAAAUCAUCGACGACUCUCUGUUCACCAUACACACGACAGCAGUCGGCCUAAGCAUGUUCGCUUCAGGGACGUUCAUAGCGCGGCAGUCACGGUUCGUCCCCUGCGGCUACGCGGUGGCGUCGAUCUCCAUGGUGCUCAAGUUCCUGAUAGGCCCCGUGGUGAUGCUGCUGGCCUCGCUCGCCAUCGGCCUGCACGGCACGCUGCUGCACAUUGCUGUUGUACAGGCGGCGCUCCCUCUGGCCGUGACUUCAUUUGUGUACGCUGAAGAGUACAAGGUCCAUGCGGACAUCAUGAGCACAGGGGUAAUUCUUGGGAUAUUUAUCUCACUUCCUGUCACCAUUGUGUACUACAUUCUAUUGGGACUAUGAUGGGGUUGUCAAGAUCGACUAAGCAAAAGCUUGAAGAUGCAUAUCAUACAG